AUGGAGGCAACAGACUUAUUAGCGCGAGAGGAGGAAUUUAAAAAGUUAAAUAAACAAUUGGAAAAGAAAACUGAAAGUUUGAUGAAGCAAAUCGAACAUGCUAUGCAAAAACAAGACAUAUUCUCUGAGUUUUCUCACAACUUAACUCUAUCCCCGCACCAUAUAUCCAAAAAACAUUACUGUGAUACGCCGAAAAGUACACCAGAACAAACUACAAACAAUACCCCCAAAAGCACUCCAACGAUUAAAAAGAAGAAAGCACCAAUCAAGGAAAACAAUUCAAAUAAAGAACACGAUGAAACAGAAAGUACAAAAAGCAACACAAAUUGUGAUCUGAACUACAUAAAUAAUACAAACAGCACAAAAAUUAUUUGCAAUUGUUGUGCUGUAUCCGCAAAAGACAGGGUACAUGACGAUUUGGAGUUUCUAUAUGCAUUUGUAUCUGUUAGUGUCCAAGAGAAUGUACUGCCACAGAGUUUUUUAAAAGAGCGAGCCACAGUGGAGAACGUAUGCAAGUUUUUAUCAAACAAAGUGCAGUUGAUGCAAGAACAUAUCGACAAAUUGCAGAACACAAUUAAUAAAAAGGCGUCACAAUGCGCGGCCCAUCUGACGAAACUCGCGGAGCUGGAGAGCGAGAGAAUGACGUUGCUUCACAAAACCAGCACGCUACAGGCAGCUGCCGCAGACACCAGAGCUAAACACCAGGCUCUGAUGGUAAAGCUAGAGGAAAAAGACCGCCUCUACAAAGAGCAACGAAGCGAAACAGACAAGUUGGCUUCGGAAGCGAAGCGGCUCCGGUCGAAGAACGCGUCUAUCGAAGCAAAGUGCGCCACGCAGGAAGAACUCAUAGUAUCUCUAAAACAUCAGAUUGAUACUGCCAAAAUAAGCGAAAAGGAAUUUCGGGAUUCCACACGGUCCCUCUCAGCAAAUCAUCAAAACGCCAUCUCUCGGCUGGAAUCACGAGUUAAAACGCUAACUACCCGCAACACACGCCAGGAGGCGCUAAUACUGAACUUACGGAAGCAGAUCGCCUUAUUGGCGGCCACUAAAGCUAUAAAUGCCAUCGAGAGCGAUUAUAACACCUUCUUGGAGGCUUUUUGAUUAAUAAACCAUCUCGUAACGUAAUAAUUUUUUUUUUUUUUUACUUA